AUGGAUGAGAGAGGGAGCGUUUACCACUGCUUGGGCUUUCUUUGUCUCGUUUUCCCGGACUGUGACAAACAAGAAGAAGCAACAAAUGAGGGACUGUCGAGGAGCUCGUCUGUGUUUGCUUGUGUUUCUGUAGAGGUGUGUGAGUGUGUUUGUGUGUUUUCGCCAAGCUUUGAACCCAGCUGUGUUCUCAGUGCGUUUUCAAAGUUUCACUCGCAGCCGCGUGAGUGUGUGUGCGUGUGCCUGUCGCCUGGAUUCUGCCCACCGGCGACAGAGCUGGACCUGAACAGCAGCGGUGAGAGGGGGGACAGGGAGGGGGCGGAGGAGAGGGAGGAAAAGAAGAGGGAGGUGAAAGGAACCAGUAGGACAGAGGAGCAGAAGAAGAAGAAACUGACAACAUGCUGGGAUAAAGAGAAGAAAGAUCUGAGCUACUGGCUGGCCCCCUGGUGCAAUGUGUGGCGUCGCGCCCUGUGGGGGUGGGGUUCUGUGAUGGUAACCAUGGUCCCCGGCAGCCGCUAUGUCUGCAGCUCUCAUGCAAGAGAGGAGGACAACUCGAACGACCGCGAGGAACGGAUUCUAGCCGUGCUGGGCAUCAUUGGAACCAUCCUCAAUCUUUUAGUGGUCAUAUUUGUCUACAUCUAUACGUCCGUCACUUAAGGUUUUUUUUUUUAAAGAUUUGAACAAGAGACGAUUGGGUCCAACUCCCCAAACACUGCCAACUUCCUCUUUAAGUAUUCAUAUACUCGGCAGAAUGUUUUGAGGAUCAUUGGCGGUGUGUUGAGUUGGAUUGUAGCCAUAUUUAUCUACGCCUGCAUCAUUGCUUAUCCCUUCCGACAGCUCUGCUCGUAAGAUAAAGACUGCUGCAAAGCGCAGAGAAGGAGGUGGAUGAAUCUGUUCUCUUACAGUUUUAUGCUAAAUCCUCUGACUUACCUGAGCAAUUUGUCACACUCUUCAGCCUGUUAUACCAAUAUAACUAAGUAUCACAUGAAUCCUGACCUGAGCAGAGCAUUUAGGCGACUUCUUAGAUAGGAGAAGUUGACAUUUCAGGGGUCUUUGAAUGGAUGGUGACCAUUUUUGAUUGUGCAUCUUCCAAUGACAUGUGGAAGUUGAUGGUUUCUGUCUUUUAGCAAUCAAGCACUGCCUGUUUAAGCUAUGAUGAUGGUUUUACAAAGAGGGCACCUUUGAGUUGACUUGACCAAACAGUAGAGGAAUUAAACUCUACAAAGACCAAAUUUUCUAUAUGUAAUCAAUGGAGAAACCCUUAGGCCUAUCUACCCACAAUCAAUUAAGAACUCACACCAGUUGCUAAAUAUUACUUUCUCUAGUUUGUAGAGAUUCUGCAAGAGUUUCUCAUGGACCUAAUGUGUCCAUACCUGAGCACACCAGAGGAGAGAUUCCUGGCUGUGCUAGGAGUCAUUGGCAUAGCACUCAACCUCCUGCUGCUUGUCUUCGUCUAUAUAUACACCUCCACCUGAUACAUGUGCCUCAAGACACUAUCGGUGAAGAGGUAACUAAAAGCAGCUGUUCAAUAAUGUGCUGUUCAACAACACCUGUGUAUAUGGUUCCAAAGCACACCCUUGUUCUUCGAUGGGUUGGGGAUUAUAGGAUAUGCUAGGCAAGGUUCUGUGCCUAAAACAUGGCGAUACAUUGAAAAGCUCAGGAAAUAAUUUACAGGCACAAGCAUUGAUGCCAAGAAUUCAAAAAGAAGAGAUUUGCCUACAGAGUUAUAUAUAAUCCAAAUAUACCUUAGAAAGUGUACCUAAUUAAUAAACAUUUUUGUCCUAAGGUUAAUGUUUUUGUAGGUACAGUGCUAGUUCACACAUGUGCAUGAUGGGAUGUAUAUUACUUUAUUAUAUACCACACUUUGACCAAAAUACCUGAUGUAAAGACUGACAUUUUUAUAGUAUUUCUCUUUGUUCUACACAUUUUUUUAAAUGUUGAAAACUGCCAGACAUGGAGUUGGAAAGUAUUGAUCUUUCAGUCUGUGUAGCAGCUUUCCACACCAUCAAAGAUCCCCCUGUGGAAGGUCGGUACCUGAGAAUAAUGGUCUAUUUUCUGGUGUCAUGUUUCUGUGAUUGGAUCUGUAAGCCGGGCACAGAACAAAAUCACAGAGGGCAGUAUGUUGAACUGAGAAAAAGUAACACAAAUCAAGACAGCGUUCUUUUAAGGUGCAACACAAGAAUCAGGCUGAAGCAUUACGGAUUGUCUGAAAGAAGAGGAUGUAAAACGCGAUCACAAGGCAUCAGCAUCUGUCUGGAAACUGGUGAAGUCAUAAAAAUCUCCUUGGGAUUUGGUAACAGGAUUUCCACUGGAGCGUUAUGUCACUGUGGAUUUAAUUUCAGAUUGAAGAACUGUUCUAAUGGAGGAGCGAACCUAAAUGCAGCUGACAAGCGAGCAGAGAGGACUGGCCUGAACCUCCACUUUAUCCUCGUCAUUCUCUUCUCCACUAACAAGCUAACACCAGAGAAAACAUAGAACUGAAACGGCAUGAGCCUGUCUGCUGUUAUUUCACAUACUAACAAUACUUUUUAUAUAAGCACAUACAGUACACAGAUUUUCAUUUAAAACACCAGUCAGAUGCACUGGGGGAAUGACACAUCAAAGCUGACCUGGCUGAUCACUUAAUCUACGACUAUUUUACAUGUUGAAUUGUGAGAAUUAUUCUUCAGAUUUUGAUAAUAAUUGUAUAUAAGAUUCCUUGUCAAACUGUGUGUAAACUCUUAGUAUCAUUUUCCUGUGAGUGUUUUGUUGGAACAGGUUUGUAAGAAAACCCAAAAGUCCUGAUUGCUACAUUGGAAAAUCAUUGGAUAAAACUCAUCAAAAUAGCUGCAGUUGUGGUUAUGACAGGAUAUUUCUAUGAAGAGAAGGUUUAAAUAAGUACAUGACAUCCAGAAUGCUCGAUGAAGUAACAAAAAGAAUGAUUAGCUUUACCGGACACAAAUAGGUUGCUGGGUUGAGUUCCAGAACAGCAAAGAGGACCAUUUCAAAAAGGUACAUUACGGUUACUGUAAUUAUUCUCUAAGUCAGUCUCACUUGCACAAAGACACUUGCAAACGUAUUUACCUGAGGACAAAUAGUGACAAUUUUCAGUUACCCCUUUCCGUUACCUGAAACAUAACCUUGAGACCCAUUUACUAUUGUUAAACUAUUGUUAGCCCUCUGGGAGCAUCUGCCAAAACAUCGUCCAAAUCCUGGGGCGUCCUGUGUAGCCAGCAGUCAGUGAUAAAGAAAUUCUGGUCAAGACUUAGUUAUAUAUGUGUUGCUUUUGUUUACAGUCCCUACAAUCUAGAUUGGAAUUGGUGUUGAGAAAACAAUUCUAAGUGGACCCCAGUAAGAAUAGCCAAUGUGUAUGAUGGUGCUAAUGGGGAUCCUAAUGAAGAAAGAAAUAAAAAGUGGGGAUUCUUCAUUGCACUUACAUGCAGUUUUCUGUGUAUAGAGUUUGAUUAAAGCUAAAUCAUUGUCAGAAGACCACUUUUGGUUAUGGGAUGCUUUCAGCCUGUUGUGGUCUCGACACAUGGAAACCAAAAUGCUCCCAAUACCAAAUUCAAUAAACCACUAUCAAUAUACAGAGUUUAACUGAAACACAACGUGCUGUUACCAGUUAGAACCCAUCAGCUAUGGUCACAUAACACCAAGGCUUCUGGAGUAUCAGAUAAGCUAUUUAGGAUUUCAGGGCGAAGAUAUUCUUUUCCCUUCUCUGGUCAUUGUGUACACACCGUCUAGCCACUUGAGAUGCCAGAAUUAGGAAGAAGAUUGUUAGCUUGCUUAUAUGCAGUAAAGUAAAAUCCAAAAAUCAACCCUAACUAAUGGCCAUGAUUGGGUUCUGUUUUUUUAUGCUCUACACAAAGAUAAAAAUACACAUCCAAGCACACACUAGCAACUAAAUCUUUCUUCGUGAGAUUAAUUUAACACCUCAAGAUUCGACCGUCAGCAUGCUGGGAAGGAUAUGACUAGCCCUUUUACUUUGUGUCACAUAUGGUAACAGCACAGUGGCAUUUGUUUGGGCUAAAUCCAUUUUAAGCUUGCACAAAAGCACAGUUUGAUCAACCUCUACUUUGCCAGAAAUCUGCUGUCAAACUGCCACAGCUGUGCUCAACAAACAUUGUUAUACACUUUGAUAUACCUAAAGUAGUGGAUAUAUAAUAAUGGUUCACUUUGUAAUAAUUCUACAGGGUCACAUAUUGGCGGCGAAUAAUGAACAAGGAACUCAUUAGCUCAGGUUUAGAUACUAGCAAAGGUUUUCAGGUACCUCAUUCUUUUGAAGCUCCUUUUGAAAAAGUAUGAAUAAGCUGUGACUAAAUAUGAAAGGUUAAAAAUGAAGUCCCCCAUGCUUUAUAGAAAAUGUGAACAGUUUUGGGUUACCUUUUGGAUGGUUUGUAUUCACUGUAACUAAGCACGCUUUCACAGAGGAUUUAUAACUUUUAGCUUGACUCUACUUAUGCUUAAUUAAUGGCUCAGUUGAAAAUUAGCAACAUUGAAGCAUGCAUGAAAAAACUGUAAGAAACUGUAUUACAACCACAUAGAAAUAAUUAAAGAAAGCCUAAGGGUCUUACUAACUUGCCAUGCCAAAAGUAGUACCAAUAUAAUAAUAUGUAUAUGCAUUUUCAAAGAACAGGAGUAAAACAGAUAUUUUUAGACUGAAACAGCCAGAGGAAGUUUUUGUAUCAAUAUUUAAUCUUAUAAACCCAACAGACUUAUGCCAAAAUAGUGCUAAUCUACAGCAAGAAACUGAAGCUUUCAAAUAACCAAUGGAUAGGUGUUAUACUCAGCCUAACUUGAUGGUUGACAGGGAUACAUUUUUUUGUAUAUUUUGGCUGAAGUUUUUAUUUGAUUGAGUCCAGUUUAAACAGACUCAAUGCCAAUCAGACCAAUGACCGACAGCCACAUUGAAAAUCUAAGAUAAAUUUGAUGCGUUUUUGUAUGCUAUUUUUUUAAUCAUUCAAUGAGGCACCUAUGCUUACACGUGCACAAACAGGGUGUUAAGGAAAUAGCCACACAAAAAACAGGUGCAAAAGAGUAUACCUGAGACUCCUUGCCUCUGCCCCAGGCAUGAACUUUUAGCACAAUACACUGAAAACAAGACAACACUACUCACUCUGAGGGUCGUAGACUGAGUCAGCCAGCCACUGUGUCAUGUUCAGCCAAAGCAAAGACAGAUUAUCAUGUUU